CUAUCUAUUAAUUCUAUUACUUAAAUCGUAAAUCGUAAUGCUUAUAGCCCUAAAUAAUAAGUUCUUAUAGAAUAUAGAACACAUAGCAAUAAAAAUCUAAAAUAUUACUUAUUAUUAUUGUUUUGCCAUUCGUGUAUUGAAUUGUAGUCUAGCGCGAAAACAAGUACUACCAAGAAAACGAUCAAUCUGUGCUCAUAAGACAGUAAUUUUAAAAAUAAAAUGCGUCUUAAGCGUCACCAAAAAGCCGAACGCAAUAUCAAUUUCUAUUGUGUCAGCUUUGGUUUUCGAAAACCAUUUCAAUUACUCGUCGAUGGCACAUUUUGCAUGGCUUCAGCACAAAACAGAGUACAAUUACGUGAAGACAUUCCAAAGUAUUUGGGUGGUGAUGUAAAAUUUUUAACCACACAGUGUGUUGUACUUGAGACUGAAGCAUUGGGUGCUACUGUUCGACCAGCCAUGCACAUUGUUAAGAAUUUUGGUAUUCAUAAAUGUGGACAUGAAAAGAAACCUAUAUCUGGAGCAAGUUGCCUGACAUCAAUGGUAAAAGAUAAUAUGAAAACAAGAUAUAUUAUUGCCACCCAGGACAAGGCACUUCAAAAUGCCCUUUAUGUUCUUCCUGCUGUUCCUGUUAUGUAUUUCAAUGGUUUAAGUAUCAUUCUAAAAGCGCCUUCGCCCAUCUCUAUUGAUCAUGCCAAUCAAAAGCGACUAUCCAGAUUUAAUUUAACUGAAUAUGAAACCAAUGUUUUGACAAGUAUGAAAAGUUCAAUAACAACAGAGUUAAGCAGUAGUGAAGAAUUAAAAGAUUACCCUGGGGUAUUUAAAAGAGCUAAAGGACCUAAUCCACUUUCAUGCAAACCGAAAAAGAAGAAAAUUGUUGAAGAUAAUAUUAUACCCAAAGUAGAAAAUAAAACAAAACGUAAAAGAAAUAGAGUUAAAAUACCUAAACAUGUUAAAGAAGAAUUAAAAAAAAUGAAUAAGCCAAUUUCAGUCUCAUAAAAGAUUUAAGAACAUUUCAUGAAAUAAAAAAACUGUAUAAUUACA